UUGAAAAGCCGGGGGAGGAGGUGCAGAGGAGGGUGGGGGAAAACACACAACUCGCUUACAGGAGGAGAGAGACGCGCUCCAAUGAGAAAAGUUUACUUGUUCUUCCUCCGCACAAUCCCACAGUUGAGGGCAUUGAUGUGAGUGCAGGGGCUUUCAGUUUUUUACGCGCACUUCUUUCCCCCCAUCUUUCACCCUCACACACGGAGCACUAAAAAAAAAAAAUCCACCUUCUCACCUUUAGUUUUAGCGCGUGUCUAUUGUUUCCUUUCUUUCCCUUUUUCUUUCUCUCUCCCCCCUUUAUGAAUGAUUCUCUCUCGCAAUACUUGUGCAACUUCUUCUUCUUCUAAAUCCUCGGAUACCUCGCCGUCCUCCUCGUCCACACGACCUCACCUCGGCACAUCUUCUCUCAAGUUCAAGCGACACUCGGACUUUCACUGCAGCCACAAACGCACUUUGGGGAAAUAUCACUCGACGAGGAAAAACUUGAUACUUUGUGCAGCAGCCGCAGCAGCAGCAGCAGCCGCAGAAGAGACCGUCAACAUGAGCCUCAAAGCUGACGCAGAGCCGAACAACAACGUUUCCAUCGAGGAGGAGGUACGAACACUGUUUGUCAGUGGCCUACCAGUUGAUAUCAAACCACGGGAACUUUACCUUCUCUUCAGACCUUUUAAGGGUUAUGAAGGGUCACUGAUUAAGUUAACAUCAAAACAGCCUGUCGGGUUUGUAACUUUUGACAGCCGGUCUGGAGCUGAAGCUGCGAAAAAUGCACUAAAUGGUAUCCGUUUUGACCCCGAAAGCCCCCAGACCCUGCGCUUAGAGUUUGCUAAAGCCAACACGAAGAUGGCAAAGAGUAAGCUGAUGGCCACACCGAACCCCACAAAUAUCCACCCUGCUCUAGGAGCACACUUCAUUGCACGGGACCCAUAUGACCUGACAGGGGCAGCACUGAUCCCAGCAUCGCCAGAUGCCUGGACUCCUUACCCUCUAUACACCACGGAGCUGACCCCAGGCCUCCCUCACGCGGCCUUCACUUACCCAGCGGCCGCUGCCGCUGCUGCAGCCCUCCACGCCCAGGUGAGGGACCAACCGAUGCGCUGGUACCCUACUCCCUCUGAGACUUCCCAGCCUGGAUGGAAGUCCCGGCAGUUUUGUUAGAUAUUUAGCCUCUGGAAACCACACCUUUGUCCAGCUGAAGUGAGGUUUGCCAAGCUCUUCAUUAAUUUAAUCAGGUUUAUUUAAUGGACAAAUGUGCAUUAUUAUAAACAAACAGUAUUUAUAUCUCCUCCCGAUUGUCUAUGGGGGGAGUCUGAGUUGAAACCAUCUUGCUGUCGACAAUCUGAGCUUAUCCUUGGCAACUAUUGCGGUACCAUCUUAGCACUUCAAAAAAAAGAAGAAAAAAAAGAGGAAAAAAAACAACCUCAUGAAAGCCAAGUCAAUCUCCAUGGAUCAUAAUUGCUGAGGAAAUUUGACACAUUUGAAGUUACCGUUGUUAAGCUAGUCCUUCUAUGGGUUACCGCUGCUCCUGGGAGGUUUAGAAGCGUUAAGAGUCAUUUGCAUGUUAAAGUCUUUUUGGCAUGAAUUUAGAACGCAGAGUUCUGUGUAUCCUAAUUUUCUUAGUGUUUGUGUUGCCUCUUUACCUUGGCCUAGACAGCGAAAUGUUUUGUUUUCCUGUAGAAACCUUGGUCUUACCUCUGUGAAAGCUGGGCUGUUGUGUAAAUGGCUUAUCUCGCAUGGACCUUGUGAAUGCAUCCCUACGUUCUAUGACAAUCCCAGUCCUUUAUGAUCAUAUCAAUGUCUGUCAUUAUUUGAGCAAAAGAAAGUACAAAUAUUUUUGUACUUUUUUGCGUAAUGUAUAUUUAUGCAUUUUUGUGCAACUAAAUAAUGAACCUGUAUAAGUUGGAUGUUUAGUCGUCUCUUGUGUUUUUGGUGUUAAUUUUUGAUCCUAUAAUCCUGUUGAAGUAGUUUUAAAGAAAAACAGUGCAAUUUGUUUAAAGGGGAAGUGGGUGUCUGUCAAAAAAAUGGAAGUAUUCAGAAGGUGGCUUGUGCCAUUCUGCUAAAAUGAGAUUGCUGUAAAACGAUCUAUUUAGAAUGUGAAACUGGACUACAAACAUAAGGGUUGCUUUUUUUUGGGGA